AUGGAGCAUUUUGAUGCAUCAAAAAGUACCUAUUUCAAGGCAUGGCUAGGCCCCCGAGAUACCAGAGUAGUAGGAUGGUUUCUUCUGGACAAUUACUUACCAACCCUCAUCAGCACUAUCAUAUACUUAUUAGUAGUAUGGCUGGGACCCAAGUACAUGAAGAACAGGCCGCCAUUCUCCUUCCCGAAAAUUUUAGUGGUGUAUAACACUGCACUCACGUUGCUGUCGCUCUAUAUGUUCUUGGAGUUAGUGACAGGAGUAUGGGAAAGCAACUACAACUUCUUCUGCCAGGGAACACGUACCGCGGGAGAAUCAGACAUGAAGAUCGUCAAUGUCCUCUGGUGGUAUUACUUUUCCAAGCUCAUCGAAUUCAUGGACACCUUCUUCUUCAUCUUACGCAAGAACAACCACCAGAUCACAGUGCUGCACGUGUACCACCACGCCACCAUGCUGAACAUCUGGUGGUUCGUGAUGAACUGGGUGCCCUGUGGCCACUGCUAUUUUGGUGCUACAUUUAAUAGCUUCAUCCACAUCCUCAUGUACGCAUACUAUGGCCUGUCGUCUGUCCCUUCCAUGCGACCAUAUCUCUGGUGGAAGAAGUACAUCACUCAGGGGCAGCUGCUCCAGUUUGUGCUGACAAGCAUCCAGACCAGCUUCGGGAUCAUCUGGCCGUGUACAUUCCCUGUCGGAUGGUUGUACUUCCAGAUUGUAUACAUGUUUUCUCUGAUUAUGCUCUUCACAAAUUUCUACAUCCAGACCUACAGCAGGAACGGGGUCAGCCGAAGGAAAGGCUACCAGAAGGAUCAUCAGAACGGCUCGAUGGCCGCCGUGAAUGGAGAGACCAGCCUGCCUUCCCUGGAACACAAUGUGAAGUCCCGGAAACAGCGCAAGGAUUGA